UGUGAUUUAUGGCUCAGUUAUAAAUAUACAAACUUUCAGAAUAUUUUUCUCGAACACUUCGAACACUUCUGAACUGAACACUUCUAUAAUGGCAAACGAGAAGUGUGAAGAUAAACAAGUAAAUAAUGGAAGCAUCACAGCUAAUAGUCAAAAAUCAGCUCUUGAGGUCAAACUAUUAACUGAGAAAGUCAAGAAGCCUGCAGCGACAGUUGACGAAGUUACCGAGUUACUUUCAGCUACUUCAGUUUCUCCUUCAACAGGAGUAUUUCGCCAAAAGUCCUUUAAAACUUCACCAUUACAAUUAAAAGGUAAAGUUGAAACACAAGAAGAACGAAGGAAGCGAGCAUUAGAAGAACAAAAAAAGAGAAGACGAGAUCUUAAUACCCACGCGAGAAAUCUAGCGCUAUUCAAGCCGGAAAAUUUUUCAUCAGAAGAGGAGCCAGCGUCCGAUGAUGAAUCAGUAAAUAAUGAUUCCCCAAUUGAACUAACCAAACCUCUUAAGCGCAGCUUGGACAUAGAUCAAGAUGAUAGUUUGCUACAAGAAUCAUCUGUAGUUAAAAAAGUAAGAAUCAAAGGAAAGUUUAGAGAACCUCGUCGCAAGAUUAAAGGAUCUAAUCCAUACAGAAAUCAAGUAAUGCAUGCUGAAUGGAUGCAAGAAAUACCAUCUGAUUUAGAGAAGAAUUGGUAUGUUGUGUUAUGUCCUAAAGGCAAGCGUUGCCUUGUAAUAUCAGCAAAAGGUAAAACUGUAAGCCGAUUACGUAAUGGAAAUGUCAUGAAUGUUUUCGAGUCUGUCUUACCUGCAGGAGCGAAUUCAUACAAAGGAAACAAAACGACUGAUUAUUGUAUCUUGGACUGCAUUUAUGAUCAAACGACAUUUACUUAUUAUGUAUUGGAUCUUAUGUGCUGGAAAGGACAUCCAAUCUACGAUUGUGAUACUGAAUUCAGAUUUUAUUGGCUCAACACAAAGUUUACAGAAAUCGAACGUCCAACUGCAAACACUUUAACUUAUAAGUUCAAUCCGCUCAAAGCUCAUUAUUGUGAUCAAGAUAAAAUAUCAUUCUUGAUUAAAAAUCCUCAUUCUUUCGGAUAUCGACCGGAUGGACUGCUAUUUUUUAAUAAACGUACUCAAUAUGUUCUUGGUGAUACUCCAUUAUGUGGUUGGGUUGGAAUCGAAAAAGUUGAAGAAAUGUUUGAAGACUUCAUCAAACAAAAAAAACAAUGAGAAUUUACAAGCACAAGAAUUAUUAAAUUGGGCCUUUAGAAUUGAUAUCGACUAGAUUUUUUAUAAAUGUUGUCACGCCAACUUUUCGGUAUUCGUUUAUCAGCUUUUGGCGGACAUUGUGAAAUAUAUGAAAUGGACCUUUACUUUUCUUUUUCUCCUUUUGCUCUUUCUUUAAAAUUUCUUAUUAUACACAAAAAAUUAUUUAAUGAU